UUUAUUGCAAACUCUAAGUAUCUAUCAUAAAUUGAAGCGUUGUUGUGAAAAACGUUGAUAUUUCCUUGUUUUGACGUCUGGCACUCGUCAAGUUCGCCAAAAUUAUUACGUCAACGCACGGAUUAACAGUAUCAGAACGCGACAUCGAUUUUUGAACUUUGUAUUCAGCACUUGCUUCAAUCUUUUAUUCGACACACGUGAUCAUAUUCGCAAAUAUCAUUGAAUGACAUUAACGAUCGAGUGUAGGACUUGGUGAGCAUAAUUCGAUUGUUGGUUAAUUUUUUCAUCAAGUUAUACAUUGUUAUCGUCGUACUGCGAAGGUUUUCAACGAUUAAUAACUGUCACAGUGACCUAAGUGGGCCGGAAAAGGCCAUAACCUAUAAAAAUGUCCAGUGAUACGGUAGCCAAUCUACAAAAUCUCAGAGAUCGAAGUAAUCGAUUGAUCGACAACUUCGCAAAGUCGUUGAGUGAUGAAAAUACAGAGGACGUCUUGAAUUUGAUCAAAGAUGAGGAAUUUUUCUUGUGUUUGGAAGAUGUUUCGUCGAAUUUGAUACCAAUCAUUUCAGGCUAUCUAACUGAAAACAAUUUGAAAAACAAGCCGCAGUUAUUUGAAUGCUGCGAAAAGCUGUUGAACGUAAUAGCGACACAUUACAGGGCAGAGGAUGCGCUUUUGGACUUUAUUGAACAAGCCGAAUGUCCUGAAAAUGACACUAAAUUUUGUGCCAUUCUGAAACCGCUGGGAACAAUAUUACAAAAGAUGACAGAACAUAGAGACAGAUCUUUAAAAUGGUGUCUCAACAUGAUAAAAUUGCACAUCUCCGAACUGCCACUUCCCACAAAUUACAAUUUUGAAGGAGAUGAAGUUAUUCUUGUUGAAACAGACCUAGCUGUAUUCAGAAUUGUCAACGUUUAUCAAGAAAUUUUAACAUUCCUCACGCCAUUCAUCGCCGAGGUAUCUCUAAAGAUAAGCGAAAACCGAAACGAAAAUCAGAGGCAGCUACUAUUGAGCUUGUUAAUUAGCUUGCUUGGCAAGCCGUUUAGCCAUUUGGAGGUUGAAGACAACAAAAGCAAGCGAAGAACACUCGCCAAAGAAAUACUCAAAAGAAUCUCAGAUUUGACUGGCAACUUGUUUUACUAUUUCAAAUACAUUGAGCAGAGAAUGCUCAAAGGACCAGUUCAGAGCUCAGAAACACUCUUGGAUGAAUCAAAAAACUACUACUUAUAUGAAGAUAGAGAUUUAUUCGCUGCGGAAGAAAUGAUUUCUGAUCUAGCUUAUGCCAAUUACUAUUAUCUCAUUAUUGGUCUCGAUUUGGAACUCGGAUCGGUGCCUUGUGUCUACGAUCCUCAAUAUGUUCUUCAUAAUUCCUUGUACUUGUCUUCCUGUAUGCUAAGAAAUUCAGAGUAUGUAUUAAUUUGGAAGGGGCUUCAGCUGGCCGAAGCAGUACUCGUUAAAGUUGAGGAGUUUACCGUAGAUAAAGACGUCUUGGAAUUGAAGAUUUACGAAUCAUUUGUUCAAGAUCUGAGCCAAGUGAUGAUCUACUGCGAUGCACGGGAAAAACGUGAGCGCGCUCUGAAGGUCUUCAAUCUUUACCUAAAUAUAUUUACUAUGGAGGCAAAGUAUUUGUUGAUAUUACACUUGUAUGAUCUGUUUAGUCAUUCAGGGUUGCUCAGCUAUCUUACGACUGUUGUAAAAGACUGUGUAGUAAAAUGUCUGGAUUCGGAUCCAGUUGAUCCAAGUUUUAUGGGUAAACGGAUUUUUGCUCUCUUGAUGAAGGCCUGUAAAAUGCCGUUCGCAACUUCGGUAGAUUUGGUCGAAAUUUCAGAUGAGAUAAUCGCUGGUUUAAAUUUAAUCCGAUUCCUGGUUAUCCGCGAUAAGACAAAUGUAACUGGUAUUUGGGAUUACACGGCAAAACUGAAGACUGAUUUUCUCAAACCCCUCCGAGGCGCGUUGGACAUAACGAGAUCUCAUUAUGAACUUAAAAUUAAAGAUCUUGCCGAUCAGAGCAAGCUAGAUAAAUCACAGGGGAAAAAUUGUGGCAGCAAAUUAGACGAUGAAGUUAACGUCACAGUAGGAGGUGAAACUUUGCCGACUGUACCUUCAAAGGAGAAAAUUCAAUUUUGUCUGCAUGCAAUAAAUGCAUUUGAUGUUGUGGAAAGCAUUUUGAUAAGGGUCAAUGAAUGCAUUGACAAUCGAAAAAUUGAAUCACAAUAAAAACAGAAAAACAGUUUUUUUUCAUCUUUCAGUUAUAGGUUCGUCACAUUAAUCUAUUGCAUUUUUUUGUUAAGGAUGGAUCAAUCUGAAUCAAAAGUAGAGAAAACAGAAAAAACCUUUUAGAAAAUCUUCAGAAAUGUUAUUUGCGCCAAUGAUGGUGGACACUCAUGAAACAACUUCCUUAUGGUAUAAUAGAAAUAAAUUUAGGUAACUUCGAAUAAUACCGGCUGGGGUAUCAACAGAAAAGGUUUUCUUCAAAUUGUUUGAAAUAUUUAAAUUUAAGUGUUUUCAAAUCGGUUUGGAUUGUAAUAUUCUUGGGCUCAUUUCGAUACCCGACGAGGUUCCCUAAAGUGGUCUGAAAAAAUUUCAAAAAUCUUACAUUACAGUAUACUCAUAACGGGAAAUUAUAAUUGUUGGUAAAAAUCUAUCAUGCAGUACUUGAAAAAAUAUAUUUUUAUUCACUCUAGGGAUAAUAUUUUUUUUUUAAAUUCCGGUAAUCUCUAGAGAUGUUUGUGGCCAACAAAAUAAGCCUAAAAAUACUAGAAGCAGAUAAUAAACACUAAUUUUGAACGGCAUUCAAUGAUAUAAUUUAAAACCUUCAACUGUUAUUGUCCUAUUCUUAGCUUGUGUUGAUCUACUCGAAAUCAUUUGUAUUGCAUAUUAGGGAUGGUGUUUCAUACAUGUUUACCAUUUUUAUCGUAAAUGAUAUUAAUAGAAAUUUCUUUUUUUCAUUUCCCAACUUAUCAUUCAUAACAUAAGACAGUAUGCACCACUGUUUUGUUUUUAAUGAUAGCUAUCUAGGAUCACUAAUGAAGUACCACCAAUUUAUUAAUUUCGUAUAAAUGUAAGAUAAGUAAUGUAAACUUGAUGUUAAUAAAUCACAAUUGAGUCAUUGCUUUACAUAAA